GUCUGUUCGGUUCACUCGCUUUAGCAACAUGUCUGCGCUCCGGGCACACGUGUAAACAAACAUGGAGAGGAGAAUAACCUUGCGCGAGGGUUAACUCGAGUGAAACUUUUUGCAGUUAUCCACUCGUGUAGUGAAAACGGGUUUCAGCAAUGACCUCGAGGCUGUUCGAGACGCUUCUACGCAGAUCUCUGCGAAUUUCAACCAUCCGCAAACUGACCCCAGAGCGCGCGCCGUCAGGUUGCUCGGUUUUUGGUCCACAGGCAGUAAGAAAAUGUCUCUUUCACUGCAGUCCGCCUAGUCUGGUGUCUCCGAGAGCUUUUUUGGACAGACUGCAGAAGGGAAGAGAGGUUUUGUCCGACGAGGGCCUCUGUCUUCAUCAGCCUGUCUCUGUUCCAUCAGACAGCGGUCAUCAAAUUUCCUUAUUAGUAAAGGAUCCUGAUCAACCUGAAAAUGCCAAAGUUCUUAACGUGGCAAUCGUGGGUGCGCCUAAUGCAGGGAAAUCAACAUUGACCAAUCAGCUUCUCGGCCGAAAGUUGUUUGCCGUUUCGGAGAAAGUGCACACAACAAGAUCACGUGCUGUUGGUGUCCUGACAGAGAAUGACACACAAAUUAUACUGUUGGAUACCCCUGGUCUCACCACAAAUGUAAAGGCUAAAAGACACCACCUGGAGGAAUCGCUGGUGGUGGAUCCUUUUAAGUCAAUAAAAGAAGCAGAUCUAGUGGUGGUGCUAGUCGACGUGUCUGAUAAAUGGACCCGCAGUAAGCUGGACUAUGAGCUGCUGAAGUGUCUGGCCCUGAAUCCAGAUGUCCCUGCCAUCCUUGUCCUCAAUAAGGUAGAUCUACUGAAGAACAAAACACUUUUGCUAGACCUCACAGCACAACUAACAGAAGGGUUUGUGAACGGAAAGAAGAUCAGGAUCCGUGGUGCAGCGAAACCAUGUGUGAAAUCGGCAACCAAAACCCAGAGCACACGUGCUGAAGAACCUCAGUCAGAGAGCCUGAAGGAAGGGGCUCCUCAGAAGAGACAGGACAAAGACGGGCUGAGCCAAGAAGACUUGAAGGCCCUGGAGAGCCGCAACGGGUGGCCCCUCUUUAAAGAUGUAUUCAUGUUAAGCUCUAUUAACAGAGAAGAUGUGGAAACAUUAAAGAUGUACCUAUUUCAGGGAGCAAAGCCUGGCCAGUGGCAGUAUCACAGCGAAGUGCUGACUGAUCAGGGUCCUGAGGAGAUGUGCGUCAACACUGUCAGAGAGAAACUUCUACAGUAUCUCCCGAAGGAGGUGCCGUACAGUAUGAAACAGGAAAUCGACAUCUGGAAGGAGUCUGAGGAUGGGGUUCUCGAGAUAUCCAUCAAACUAUAUGUACAGAAAGAUACUCAUAUGAAAAUGGUUAUUGGCUCUGGAGGUCAUUUGAUUACCAAAAUAACCCAGGAAGUUGAAAGUGACCUAAUGAACAUUUUCUUGCGUGAAGUGCGUUUAAAAAUCUCUGCAAAGUUGAAGAAGUGAGUUAAACUGUUGGAAUGAUGAAGGUCAGAGCCUGGCCCAUACAGAGGCAUGUGGAAACCUGAAAAGAGUUACGUAAGAGUGAAGAAAUGGACAUGAACUCAAAAUAUUAUGGGUUCUACCUUCAGAACCCGAUAGAUCCCCCUCUUUCCUGUAAAAUGAAAUGUAAGUACAUCACAGACACAUUACAUAGGUUUCAAUGAGUCUAUGAUGGAUUAUAUCUCACAAACCUGUGCGACCUACAUAUAUUGCUGCUUUUGAGUUAUAAAAAUGUUUGUAUAAUAAUAAAUUCUGCAUAUAUAGAUGUACUUGUUUGUUCUGAGGCUAAGGUUUAUUUUCACUCUUUUACUAGUAGGGAGGGUGUACUAGAGGUUAUCUGUGGUGCAGUCGUGCUGUUUAACUGAAUGUCUUGCAUAAUAACAUCACACUGGCCUAAAAUCACGCCUUACAUGUAGGCUGGGCCAUAAGAAGACUCAGUGGUCUGUGCAGUUGGGGUGGUGGCAGGUUGCCAGGGUGGAGCCGGGCCUCCUCAACUGUGGCUGUACACGAGAUUAACUGCAGCUUUUCGAAUUAUAGACUGUUUUAUUUAUUAUUUGUAGCUAUGUCUGUAACUCUGCUUUUAAUAAAUAUGAUCAAUAAUUCAA